AUGGGUCGGCUCGACCGGAGUGAUACCACGGCCUCACAGAAAACCGGCGUGAAACAACUACAGCGUUGUGUUCGACGUGGCAUGGAAGUGAUUCCUGAGAGAGCAAACGCGACCUUCGUGAACCCUAAAUACACGUCGAACGUAACAAUAAACAUUCGACGGUACAGCAGGAGGUCUCGCUACUACAUCAACUUGAUGGGCAACACCAAACAAGUGUGGAAUAACAAUAUCACGGUGGAUAUAAAAGUCAACCAGUAUUUACACAACGAGUACCGGCCCUCCUUCAUAACGCACCAUUAUAAGUUCUGUGACCUUAUAAAUAAGGAUGAAUUCAUCGGUGGCGCCAUCAGGAACGCUGGCGUGGUGUGUCCCUUACCUGCUGGUUAUCACGGCGUAAUGAACAUCACUGCGCCGACGGAACAUUUUCCCAACGUAUUUCCCUUCGAGAAAGGACGCCUCGACUUCGUUGUAUCCCUGACAAGCACACAAGAACCAAUUUUAAAACUAUACGUUGAAGUAAGGUUUAAGCAAAAAUAA